GUAAAAGACCAGAUCCUCAUGACUACCGCAGCCGCCAUCGAUGUCCAAUGCGCGCCAAGCGCUUCGAGAGCGACGCGUCAGCCCAAGCACACGUGCGCCGCGUGCUAUGCGCAGACCCGCGACGUCGUCACCGCCAUCUGCGGCGCGUCAUGCCCGGCCAUCUUUUGUCGCGACUGCUUUCUUCGCUUCUUGCAGAUCCAAGUGGCCUCGCACAUGACCGGUAUCGUGCGUGGCGUUGCGUGUCCGAUCUGCAUUCGCCCCGUGAGCUUUCGCCGCCUUCGCGCGCUCGCACCCAAGGCCACCAGCAUUGGCGACCUGCAAGCCGCGGUCGUAACAGCCGUCAGCGUCUGCUGCCCCGCAUGCCACUGCACCAAGAGCCUCUUGCCCAACGUGACGAAGAGCAAGUCCGUCGAGGCGCAUCUCGACGGCACAUUACACAACGCCGCUGAGCUGCUCGCAACGCAACUGCCCGCGUCGGUGCAAGCGCUUGCACCAGUCCUCCUCGAUCGCUGCAGCGCAUACAGUCGCUACGAAGUCUCGGCGCAAGACCUCUUUGGCUGUGUGCGACGCCAGAUUCCGCUGCGUCUUCUUCUCGAUCAAACGCUCACGGUGCUCGUCCGCAUGUUUGGUGACGUCGAGCGGCAAGCGCGGCUCUACCUCUGCUGGCGACAACACUCGCCGUUCACGGCCACCAUGUGCUGCAAACACGACAUUUGCUUUGCGUGCAAGACGUCGGGCCACCACGAAGGCGAGCCGUGCGGCGCCUUGCAGGUUGACGCGGCGAUGGCACAGUGCCCGCACUGCGCCGUGUACCUUACCAAGGGCGACGGCUGCGACAGUGUCCAGUGCUUUUGCGGCGGCAGCUUCAGCUGGGCGACCGAAGCGCGCAAGUUUGCCGACGAGUACGUGCGCAGCCGGAUCAACCCCCGUGUCUUCCCCAAGGUCCUUGCGUUUCUUCGCCGGCGCGUCCAGCAGCGCCGUUUCCGCGCAACGGUGCUACCGUCGCUCCUCGCGGCCACCGAGCGCCGCGCGCUGCGUCGCCUCGACACGCUGCUGCCCGUACCGCGUUGCCUGCGAUCGGCGCUCUUGCAAGCGGUGUACCGCAGGCGCUACCGCACGAUUGUGCUCGACAUGCCGGUUCAUCUGCUGCAGUGGCGCAUUGCGAUGGCGGCCAAGCGCUCCGAGAUGAUCCACUGGAUCGGCUUGGCAAAGCUCGUAUCCGAGGCGCGUAGCUCUGGCCGCGCGCCGGUCCGCAGGACGACGACGAAGAAGAAGCCAGCACCCGUGCCCGCGAGCGUCCAGCGGAUCGUCCAGCGUGCGUCGUCGUUUGUUGCAAAGCCGGUGCCAGUGCCGCUGCCAGUGCCGCCGCAAGUGGCCACCUGUGCGUACCUUCCGCAGACCAUGAACUCUCGGAAGCGCCCGUUUGCUCGCACGUAG